ACGUAGACACCUCGUCUGCUAGAAACAACAACCACACUUUUCUUAUUAAGCAAACACAAAAACCGGUACAACAUAAUGUGUAGUCCUAGAUUCACUAUGCCUAGAUAGUCACGACUGGAUCGCUCGUGAUCGUGUGCUUGCUUGAUCAGCCCUGACCUAUGGUCAAAAAAUAUGUACACGAGGGGGAGUCUAUGUUGGCGCACUGCCUGCUAGAAAGAGCAGCUAAAUGUCCUUCGAACUGCAACAUACAAGAGAUCAUGUAGAUUUAGAUGUAUGAAAAAAAAGGAAGGAUGGCCAUAGCUGGAAUAACUUUGAUCAUAGGCCUUCUGAACUGGAAUAAAACAGCUUUUAUGCAUAAACAAUGAAUGGGUUGUGUGGUUGCUCGAUCUGGUAGAAAUAGUAGCCAAAUCUUCCACAAAUCAGACCCUGGUGUCUCGUGUAUGUAAAUGUGUAUUAGCCGACGAGGGAGACCCUUACAUAGCAGCUACAUAUUUUGGAAAUAGCAGCCAACUCCCUCAGAUCACCCGCUGACGUCUUUAUGUACGUCUGAACCAAUGAAUGAUACCUCUACAUGACGCUGUGGAAACUGAACAGGAAAUGGGUCGAAAUAAAACGGAAUCUGAAAAUGAGAAUAGUCAAAGCAAGGCAGGGAAAGCCGUCGACAAGGAUGCAUCUUCGAAUUCCCCGACCAAGUCCGACGUGACAAAACCUGUAGAGAACGGUAAAAAUUCCUUGUCGAAGAAGAAGGACGGGGAAGAAGUGGAGAAAAGCUCUCCUUCCACAGACGUCCAAACCGCGGAUAAAUCAGACCAGGAAAGCUCCAGUGCGCCGGUUGAAGGAGAGGACGAAGUUGAAGGAGAGGACGAAGCGACCACAGACACGAAUGAAAAGCAGAAAGAAAACCCUGAGGCACAAGUGGAAGCUUCACAGCAGACAGCGCCAGCUAUGAUUGUACCUCAAGUUGUAGUUAAGAGGGGCCGUGGUCGUCCCAGGAAAAACCCAUGCAAAAUUGAGCCACCAAAACCGAAACGAGGUCGUGGCCGACCCCCAAAGGGCCUCUCACAGAAAGCAGCCCCUGGUACUGCACCCGGGCUUUCGUCCUUGUCUGCUGCCGAGAGGAGUAAGAUUGUCAGCGAGCAGAUGUCUGAGAUAACCGUGAAGAACGAGGCUUUUACCGAUUGCGAAGAGAACGACGAAUACCAGAAAGUGAAUCAUGGCCAUUCUACGGUGAACGGAGACAUGGCGGCGCGGAGCAAGAGCCGCAGCUUGCCGUUCAGGAAAUCUAAAAGACGAUCAAUACCAAGAAUUAAUCUGGAAGACUUUGAAGACGAUAGUGAGGAAGAACCUGUUCGAAAGAAACGGUCAACAAAGCCAAAGAAAUUCCCGCCCAGUGGACCACGACUGAAAAUUACUCCACCAUCUGCUUCGAAAAAACUCCGAGAGACAGAGCAACACCUAACGGCUCAGGUCGAUCGUCUUGCAUCCCUUGUGGACCGACUGGAAAACAGGAUCAAUCUUGAUGGUUUGGUGGAUGAAGACACAGAUAUCGAAACGGAUUUAGAGGAGGAUGUACAGGUUCUGCUGUUGCAAAGAAACUACAACGUGAAGAAUGAACUAAAGCGAGACUUCAAAGACAUCGUGAAGGGUUACAUUGAGGAACUUGGUGCCGAAAGUGGAUGUCUAAUCGCCAGUACCAGGUCUUACAAGAACUCCGGGAAAUUUACAGUUUACGAGAUAUGGAAUGCUGAGACAGAUCAAAUGAUAUUUUUCAAGAAGUCCGUCAACAAGAUCUUCUCCAAUGAUAGCAACAGUAUGUUAAAAACGACCCCUGUUGUCAAGACCAUGAGCAUCCCAGCUUCCUGGUGGCAAAAAUGCAGCUAAUUUUAUCAACCAAAGAAUUUACUACUACAACUACUAUUACUACUACUACUACUAUUACUAUUACUACUACUACUACAACCAUUACUAUUACUUUACUAUUAUUACUGCUGAUUACGCUAUUGUCCUAUAACCACCACCACCACCACCACCACCACUACCACCAUCGCGCUACUGACUAUACCACUAUGAUGACGACAACCUAUUUGGGUCUUGUUUUCCCUCCACCACCACCACCACCACCACUACCAUUACUACAACCCCCUCAACUAUCACCAGUGCCACCACCAAGGAAAAACCAUCUGUCACCUUUGUGUUACCUCUCGAUUCGUUUUAAUGAAGAUUUGUAAUUAACAAAGAUUCGUUUAGCUGUGCUGGUGUUGUUUGUUGGGUUUUUUUUUAAGAUGUUUUUGUUUUUCGUUUCUUUCUUUACAUCGUAAUCUUUUCGUGAUAUUCUUCUUCAUAAUGUUCGUCUCCUUGGACGUUUGUCAUUGUUUAACAAUCACAAUGCUGACGUUGGCAUUAUCAUCAUCAUCAUCAUCAUCGUCAUCAUCGUCAUAAUCACCACCGUCAUCGUCUUUGUUUCCUUCAUUGUUAUCAUUGCCAUUUAAAGCAAUGACACACAGUCACUGACAGUGAUGACGACGACGAGCCCCAGUCACCAUGCUCCACCACCCCAACCUCGCCCUCUCCAUCGCUGUUGCUGUCAUUGACCAAAACAUCGACGAUGACAACACCCUCUUCCCCUUUUUCCACUGUUGUCUUCGUCGUCAUCUUCAUUGACAUCCUCUUCACCAUCUUCAUUUUUAUCAUUACCAUUUGUCGCAGCAACCUAACACCAUCACCGACAAUGAUGACGAUGACAAUAAGAAGCCUCAACUACCCUCACUCCCACCCCACCCUCUCCUUUCCACCCUAUCAUUGUCUCUCAUCGUCAUCAUUGUUGUCAUAGUCAAAAACAUCAACAAUGAUGAUGGUGACGGCACAUUGCCCUCCCCGUCAUCAUUGUUGUCAUAGUCAAAAACAUCAACAAUGAUGACAGCGACGGCGCCUUGCCCUCCCCUCUACUGUCGUUUUUGUCAUGAUCAUCAUCGUUGCCGUCAUUUUUGUCAUUGACAUUUUCAUUGUCGUCUUCAUUUUCAUCAUUGCCAUUUGUAAGGAACAAGACAUCGCCAUUGCUGAUAGCAACGACCACCCCCACCCACCCGUCACUCCCCCUUCAUCUCCGUCUUUUUUGUCGCCGUCGUGAAUAUCAUCGUCGUCAUUGACCAAAGAACCAUCAUUUACAAUGUCGACAUCACCUCCCCUUUCCCUCUAAUGCUAUCAUCGUCAUCGUCAUUAUAAACAUCUUCAUUGGCGUCAUCAGACAUCGACGACGAGAUCACCACCACCAAUGACGAAACAUCCCGUCAUCAUCUUCGUUGUCAGUGACAAUGAACAUGAUGGAUGAAUUGACCUCCACCCCACUUCACUGCUUCAAUGAAAAUAAAAUACCAUUUGUUCUUGUUA